AUGAGCCGACAGUCUGCUCUCCAAAAGUUGCGAGAACGACGAGCAGGGGGCUCGUCAAGACUUGAAGAAUAUGAAGUGGAAGAAGAUGCGCACAUUUACGAUGAGAUCACGGAGGAUGAAUACACAGCCAUGCGGCGUCAGCGAAUGUUGGAAGGCGACAACUUUGUAAUUGACGACGAUGGGCUUGGCUAUGUCGAUUACGGACAGGAUGAGUGGGCCUCUGGCAAUUCUGAUGACAGUGGCAGUGAUGUCGAGGUGUAUGACAAGGACGACGCGAAAGGGAAGCGAAAACGAGGCAAAGGGAAGGAUAAAGAAAAGGAUAAACAAGGGGGAGAUAUCAAAAACUUGUUUAAUAAACAAUCCAAGAACCCGAAACCUAAACCAAAGCCUGUUGUUGCGAACACGGUGUCGGCAGAAAAGGAGGAGGAUCUUUUGGGAUCGAUUUUCAACGACUUGGACAAUGAAGUUGAUUUGCAUGCUCCAAAACGACCAAAAGUCGAGCAUACGGCCCCAGUCUUGACUAGUACGUCUUCCUCCACAAUUAGAAAAGAAGCCGCGAACCCGUUUAUAGUAGAUCAAGAGGAUCGUGCUAGAGAAUCCUUGGGCAAUGGAAAAAACACUAUAAUCAAUGAAAUCGCGGUUAAAGUUGAGCCUAUCCAUCAGGACCCUUACGAUUUUCAAACUCAGGAGGCAUUUGACAUGGGGGCGCCAAUGGAUGAUGAUGAUGAUGUGGUCCUGGUUGAAGAAGUUUUCCCUAUCAACUCGUUAGUCGAGCCACACUCGUGUCCGGCUAUCAAAGUGGAGGAGCCCGAGGAUAGCGAUGUGGUGGAGGUCCAAGUGAAGCCCUUGCAAACAAAAACGGGUAAACGCACAGCAGCUGCUAGUUUUGUACCAAAGUUUGAGCGGGUAGAUGCAAAAGCGGAACCCACCGUGGUGUCGGCACCGACAAGAUCGAAUUGUCAGGGAUGGAUGUCUAUGAAAGAUUCUAUUGCUGUGCAAGGUGUAGAGUCUUCACAGCCGGGGCCGGGGCCCACAGCGGUGCGGCCAGCUGAUGUGCUCGAGGAAGAUGGAUCGUUAAGAAUGUAUUGGCUUGAUGCUUUUGAAAAGGAUGGCGUAGUGUAUUUGUUUGGAAAGGUCCUGAAAAAGAAGGAAGGGAGCUACGUUUCCUGCUGCGUUAUAGUCAACAAUAUGCAGCGAAACGUUCUGGUUUUGCCAAGAGAAAAAAUGCUGGAUGACGACGGACACCAAACCGACAUUGAAGUCGAAAUGCCUGACGUGUACAGCGAAUUUGACGCGCUCCGGAAAAAGUACAAGAUAUCCGAGUUUGCUUCCGCAAAGGUUUCCCGCAACUACGCCUUUGAGAUUCCUGGUGUGCCCGCUGAAUCGGAUUACCUUAAAGUCGUUUAUCCGUUUUCGCAGCCCGCGCUGCCUGCUGGGUUGAGCGGCAAGAGCUUUAGUCGGAUGUUUGGCACCAACACGAGUGCCCUGGAACUGUUUAUUCUUAAAAGAAGACUGAUGGGCCCAUGUUGGGUCGAGAUCAAGGACGCCAAUUUGACCAACAAGAACAUUUCAUGGUGUAAAAUCGAAGUCACAGUGGAUAACCCGAAAACGUUGAAUCCUUUCCGAGAAGACGACUCGUCUGCGCCAAAGCAGGCCCCGCCACUGGUGGUCAUGAGUCUCUCAUUGAGGACCGUGAUGAACCAUAAAAAGCACAUUAACGAGAUUGUGGUCGCUAGUGGACUGGUGUAUCACAAUGUGAAUCUUGACGGCGUGACGACGGAUCAGCAACAACCAACGAGAUUUACGGUUGUUCGACAGUUGGAAGAUAUUCCACUUCCUGCUGGGUUCAAUACGCUUUUACAGCAGCAAAAAACAAAAGUGGAAAUUCUUCGCAACGAGCGAGGGUUGCUUGGGUUCCUGAUUGCCCAGAUUCAUCGAAGUGAUCCCGAUAUCAUUGUCGGACACAAUUUCAUCGACUUUGACUUGGAUGUACUGUUGCAUCGUAUGAAAUGGCAUAAGGUUGAUCAGUGGUCCAAGAUUGGUCGAUUGCGGAGAACAAAAUGGCCACAUCUGCAAAAGGGGGCUGGUGGUACCGCGGAUUCAACGUUUGCGGAGAGGCAGAUUGCUAGCGGACGACUGCUAUGUGAUACCUAUCGGGCAGCGCAGGAUUUGAUCAGGUCAAAGAGUUACAGUUUGACGCAGCUGGCUGCAUCUCAGCUAAAAGUGGACCGGCCCAACAUUGACUAUGAGAAAAUUCCCACAUAUUUUUGGGAUGCGGGAAAACUUCUUGAAAUGAUCCAACACUGUGAAUUUGACGGGUACCUUCAAGCUCAGUUGAUGUUUAAGCUUCAGGUCCUGCCACUGACGAGGCAACUCACGAACCUUGCCGGCAAUUUGUGGGCGCGUACAAUGACUGGAGCGCGAGCCGAACGAAAUGAGUAUCUUCUCCUUCAUGAAUUCCAUAACAAAAAGUUUGUAGUCCCGGACAAGAUCUUUGGUGGGAAGAAAGUAAUUACAGAUCAGCUUCAUGAAAUGGAGGACGAGGGUCAACCACAACCCAAGCAAGGCAGCAGCCGACGAAAACCGGCGUAUGCGGGUGGUCUCGUGCUGGAACCAAAAAAGGGAUUUUACGACAAGUUUGUUUUGUUGCUUGAUUUUAACAGUUUGUACCCUUCGAUUAUCCAAGAGUACAAUAUCUGUUUCACGACGGUCGAUCGGUCAUCUGAUGGGGAAGAGGGUCAGAUGCCGGAUGUACCGGAUCCGGAUCUCGCCAAAGGCAUCUUGCCAAAACUCUUGGCUGCCCUUGUUGAACGGCGUCGAGCCGUCAAGAACCUAAUGAAAGACCCUAAAGCCACGCCUGCUCAACUGGCGCAGUAUGAUAUCCGACAAAAAGCUCUGAAAUUGACUGCUAAUAGUAUGUACGGAUGUCUUGGGUUUUCCCAUUCUCGAUUCUACGCCAAACCCCUCGCGAUGCUCAUCACGAGCAAGGGACGAGAGAUUCUGCAAAACACGGUGGACCUUGCCGAACAAGAGCACCUCGAAGUCAUUUACGGUGACACGGACUCCAUCAUGAUUCACACCAACACGCAUGACUUGGCUCAAGUCAAGAAAAUUGGGAACGAGUUUAAAAAAGCCGUAAACAAGCGGUAUAACCUUUUGGAGAUUGAGAUGGAUGGGUAUUAUCAGCGUAUGUUGCUUUUAAAGAAGAAAAAGUAUGCUGCGCUGAGUGUUGAAGAAAAGGAUGGGCGGUUGCAGACUGUGUUGGAGACUAAGGGGUUGGAUUUGGUGAGAAGGGAUUGGUGUGGGUUGAGUCAGGAUGUUAGUAGUUACAUCUUGAACCAAAUCUUUUCGGAAGAUGACAAGGAAAACGUUUUGGACAAGAUCCAUGCGUACCUGUCCAAACCUAACUAA